GCUACCCCUGAUUGGCUGGGGCGCCCUGCCGGUGGAAGAAGAGGUGUCGGCAUUGGCUGAGGACGCUCCGGUUUCGUGGCCGGAAGGAGGAUUGGAUUGAUGCACCAACGGUGCUGCUGGCAGCAGUGCCCCCGAGGUGGAGGGGACCAGGCGCGGGCUAGGGGAGAGGAGGACGGGCCCCCGAUCCAGAGCAGCGUGACAGUAAGAAACUCAUUCAGUGACAACUUAUUGACCAUCUGAUGGAUCCAGGGCGCUCUGCCAGAUAAAGUUUACUUUGAAAGGAAUGUGAUGUUAAUUCUGGGGCAUUGAUGUUUUACAAUGCCUGAUCAAGACAAAAAAGUGAAGACCACAGAAAAAUCAACCGAUAAAAAACAACAAGGAAUCAUCACCAGGGACUAUUCAGAUCUUAAAAGACUUCUGUGCCUUUUGAACGUUCAGUCAAGCAAACAACAGCUUCCAGCCAUUAACUUCGAUAGUGCCAGAAGCAGCAUGACGAAGUCUGAGCCUGCCAUCAGGGUGGGUGGACACAGAGCUCGAGGUCAGUGGCACGAGUCCACAGAAGCCAUUGAACUUGAAAAUUUUAGUAUAAACUACAAGAAUGAGAGAAAUUUCAGCACACAUCCCCAGCAUAAACUAUUUCAGGAGAUUUUUACAGCCUUGGUGAAAAAUAGACUCAUAUGCAGAGAGUGGGUUGAUCGAGCCCCAUCUCUUCAUUUUCUGAGAGUAUUAAUUUGUCUGAGACUUCUAAUGAGGGAUCCACGUUAUCAGGAAAUACUCCAUAGCUUGGGUGGGAUUGAAAACCUAGCUCAGUACAUGGAGAUCGUGGCCCACGGGUACCUCGGCUCCGGGGAGGCGCAGCACAGCGUGGACAAGCUGGUCAACAUGACGUAUAUUUUUCAAAAGCUUGCUGCUGUCAAAGACCAAAGAGAAUGGGUCACCACAAGCAGAGCCCACAAGACAUUAGUAAAUUUACUCAGUGCCCGAGAUACUAACGUUCUGUUGGGUGCCCUUCUGGCUGUGGCUAGUUUAGCUGAAAGUCCAGAAUGUAGGGAGAAGAUAAGUGAACUCAACAUUGUAGAAAAUCUGCUGAUAAUUUUACAUGAAUAUGACUUGCUUUCCAAAAGGCUCUCGGCUGAGCUGCUGCGCCUGCUCUGUGCCGAGCGCCAGGUGAGAGAGCAGGUGAAGCUCUACGAGGGGGUCCCCAUCCUCCUCAGCUUGCUGCACUCAGACCACCUACAGCUUCUGUGGAGCGUCGUCUGGAUCCUGGUUCAGAUUUGUGAGGACCCUGAGACCAGUGUGGAAAUUCGCAUUUGGGGAGGCAUCAAGCAGCUUCUUCAUAUUUUACGAGGGGACAGAAAUUUUGUUUCUGAUCGUUCCUCCAUUGGAAGCCUGUCUAGUGCCAAUGCGGCAGGCCGAAUCCAGCAGCUUCAUUUGUCAGAAGAUUUCAGCCCUCGGGAAAUACAAGAAAAUACUUUCUCUCUUCAAGCAGCCUGCUGUGCGGCCCUCACGGAACUGGUGCUCGACGACACCAACGCCCACCAGGUGGUUCAGGAAAAUGGUAUAUAUACAAUAGCAAAAUUAAUUUUACGAAAUAAACAAAAGAAUGCAGCAAAAACUAAUCUAUUACAGUGUUAUGCAUUCAGAGCCUUGAGGUUUCUCUUCAGUAUGGAAAGAAACAGACCACUCUUUAAAAGACUUUUCCCCACCGACUUGUUUGAGAUCUUCAUUGACAUAGGACAUUAUGUUCGUGAUAUCAGUGCUUAUGAAGAAUUAGUAUCAAAGUUGAAUUUAUUAGUGGAGGAUGAACUGAAGCAAAUUGCUGAAAAUAUUGAAAGCGUUAAUCAGAAUAAAGCUCCUUCGAAAUAUAUAGGCAACUAUGCAGUUUUGGAUCAUCUUGGAAGUGGAGCUUUUGGCUGUGUUUACAAGGUUAGAAAGCAUAGUGGUCAAAAUCUUUUAGCAAUGAAAGAAGUCAAUUUACAUAACCCAGCAUUUGGAAAGGAUAAAAAAGAUCGAGACAGCAGUGUAAGGAAUAUUGUUUCUGAAUUAACCAUAAUUAAAGAGCAGCUUUAUCAUCCCAAUGUUGUACGCUAUUACAAAACAUUUCUGGAAAAUGAUAGGUUGUAUAUAGUUAUGGAGCUUAUAGAAGGGGCCCCUCUUGGAGAGCAUUUCAGUUCUUUGAAGGAAAAACAACAUCAUUUUGCUGAAGAGAGACUAUGGAAAAUAUUUAUACAGCUGUGCCUAGCUCUUCGGUACUUACACAAGGAGAAGAGGAUCAUCCAUAGAGACCUGACGCCAAACAACAUUAUGUUGGGGGAUAAGGACAGAGUAACAGUUACUGACUUUGGCCUGGCAAAGCAAAAACAAGAAAGCAGCAAACUUACAUCUGUUGUAGGAACAAUUCUGUAUUCCUGCCCUGAGGUGCUGAAGAGUGAGCCGUAUGGGGAGAAGGCUGAUGUCUGGGCAGCAGGCUGCAUCCUUUAUCAGAUGGCGACUCUGAAUCCUCCCUUCUACAGCACAAACAUGCUCUCCCUGGCCACAAAAAUAGUGGAGGCGGUAUAUGAACCAGUGCCAGAAGACAUCUAUUCUGAAAAGGUGACCACUAUCAUCAGCAGAUGCCUCACUCCUGAUGCAGAAACCCGCCCAGAUAUUGUAGAAGUCAGCUCCAUGAUAUCAGAUGUCAUGAUGAAGUAUGUAGAUAAUUUAUCCGCAUCCCAGCUGACCUUGGAGAAGAAGCUGGAACGGGAACGGAGACGCACACAGAGGUAUUUUAUGGAAGCCAACCGGAACACAGUCAUGUGUCAGCACGAGCCGGCUCUUCUCUCUCAGGAAUCCUUUGAGAAGGCAAGCAGCAGUGGAGCAGGAAGCCUGAAAAGUGAGCUUUCAGAAAGCACAGACCUGCCGCCUGAGGGCUUCCAGGCCCCCUGUGAUAAGGACGAAGACCGAGCCUGUGCUGGAAUCUUGUCAGAUGAUAACUUCAACUUGGAAAGUAUUGAGAAAGAUAUAUAUUCAGAAUUGGACACUUUGGAUAACUCAAGCAGCUCCAGUUCAAGCCCUUUGAAGGAAUCUACAUUCAUCACUUUAAAGAGAAGUUUUAGUGCUUCAGGAGGAGAAAGACAAUCCCAAAAAAGAGACUUCACAGGUGGAAUAGGAUCAAGACCAAGGCCAGCAUCUGCAGGAAUUGCUGUGUCCCAGAGGAAAGUACGUCAGAUCAGUGAUCCUAUUCAGCAGAUCUUAAUCCAGCUGCACAAAAUCAUCUACAUCACUCAGCUUCCUCCAGCUUUGUACCACAAUUUGAAAAGAAGGGUUAUAGAGAGAUUCAAGAAAUCCCUCUUCAGCCAGCAGAGUAACCCUUGUAAUUUGAAAUCUGAAAUUAAAAAGUUAUCUCAGGGAUCUCCAGAACCAAUUGAGCCCAACUUUUUCACAGCAGAUUACCAUUUAUUGCAUCAUUCAUCAGGUCGAAACAGCCUAUCCCCAAAUAACCCAACAGGUCUACCCUCCAGCUUUGAUUUGGAGCAGGGGAUAACAUAUGAACAGAUGCAGAUUGUGAUUGAAGAAGUCCUAGAGGAAAGUGGUUAUUACAAUUUUACUUCUAACAGGUAUCAUUCCUAUCCAUGGGGGACCAAGAAUCACCCAACCAAAAGAUGAAAGUGCUGCAUUUUGAAUGGACUUGGUUUUCCCAGUGAAGAUCAAGUUCUGGACUUCAACCACUACUGGCAAGAUGCCCAAAGAUUGGGUGCUGCUAAAAGAGUGUGGAAGAGAAAAGACCAACAUGCCAUGGUGCCUGCAGGACCUCUUUCUGGAGGUCCAGUGCUAAGAGGCUUCAUCCUUAGGACACAUGUAUACAGGAUGACAGUGUGCUUCUGGGAGAAAAUGCUGCAAAAUUCAUCUGUGAGAAGAAAACCCACUCCUUGCAGAACUUUCCUCCAAGUUAAAAAAUAAAAUACUUGUCAUAUUUUUCAAAGGAAUCUACUUAGA